CUCCCACACUUCUUCACAACUCAAAACCUCCCAUUACAUCAUCUUCCUCUUCAUCAAUUUCCUAUUUUCCUACUUUCCAAACACUUCUCAGAAUCAUGGGUGUUUUCACAUACGAAUCCGAGUUCACCUCUAUCAUCCCCCCUGCUAGGUUGUUCAAUGCCUUUGUUCUUGAUGCUGACAACCUCAUCCCCAAGAUUGCACCACAAGCAGUGAAGAGCGCUGAGAUCCUUGAAGGAGAUGGCGGAGUUGGAACUAUUAAGAAGAUCAACUUCGGUGAAGGUAGCACAUACAGCUACGUGAAGCACAGAAUUGAUGGGGUUGACAAGGACAACUUUGUCUACAAGUACAGUGUGAUCGAAGGAGAUGCUAUCUCUGAGACAAUAGAGAAGAUCUCUUAUGAGACUAAGUUGGUUGCUUCCGGCAGCGGUUCUGUCAUUAAGAGCACCAGCCACUACCAUACCAAGGGUGAUGUUGAGAUCAAGGAAGAGCACGUUAAGGCUGGCAAAGAGAAGGCCUCCCACCUCUUCAAGUUGAUUGAGAACUACCUCUUGGAGAAUCAGGAUGCCUACAACUAAAUUAAUAUUACAUGCUGCCGCAAAAAGUACCAAUAAGUAGUUGUGUGAUCUUUGGCAUCAUCCAAUGUACCGGUGUGGUUUUCAUUCCCUUUUUCUUUUAAGUUUUGAAACAGUGUUUUGGCUUGUAAUUGGAGCUUCUGAGUGAAGAGUGAAUAUUGUAUUUCCUUUGAUUUACAAAUAAAUAAGAAGAACAUCAUAUUUGAUGAUAUAUUUUCAA